UUUAACAUCAUAAUUAUAAUAAAUAUAAUUGAAACAUAGACGAAGUGCAAAUACAAAAAUUUAUUUAUGCAAUCUAUUUCGUUUGGUUAUUUCUGAAAAAAAAAUAGUUUAGGGUGCAGAAAACGUAGUGAGGUGGUUAGUGUGACGUACGGACGCUGGGGGUAAGGCAGGGCCCAGGAGCCACAGUCUGGCCGGGACACUUGCCAGACCCACUCUUCACCUCACGCUACCAUGUUAUCCUCCUUCAACGGUGACAUUUAUCUUCGUCUGUGGACACACACACACGUUUCAGUGAGCUGAGGAGCAGUGUGUUAGUAAGUACCUUUGGUACCUUGUGCAAAACGAGCAGACAUGGAAAUGCAAGAUUUUGACUUCACUCGGGAAAGCCAGAAAAAUAUGGAUGAGAAGAUUGCAGUUGACGUGGAGGAAGAUUUCGAUGUUCGUCUACACUCUCAAGAUGAAAGUGAAGAGGAAUCGUCAGCAAUUUCUGCUGUUAGGAGCAAUUUUGUUAAAAAAAGGAAAAGUUGUUCCCAGUUAUUCAAAAGAAGUGGAAAAAUUGACUAUAGCUAUAAAGCUGAUAUGGCAAAAAUGACUUGUAAGCAUCCUAUGCCGCUCUCUCCAAUGGAAUGUCCUUCAGAUAACACAUUUUUGUCUUCGAGGAAAUCUUGCAAUAGAUUUCCUUUUCAGUAUUCAUCGGAUGCGUGUGGUUCACAGCAGCAUGACACCUUGGCUAUCUCGGCCAAUAUAGAGGAGAAACAUGCCAGUUCACACGCUCCCUUUUGUCACACCCCUAAGGAAACUUUCAAUUUGACUUCAGACGUUAAAUAUUCUGAAUCUUAUAUGUUAGGCCUUGGUAACUAUCAGCCAGAUGCUAACAUUACUCUUGAAAAACGUUCUAUUGAAAAAUAUUUUUGGCGGAAUCUUGACUGCCAAGAUAAUGACAACUCGCCCUUUAGCUUAAACGUACAUGCUGAUGGCAAAAUUGACGUCCAUGGUAGUGGUGAAGCAGACAUUCUUGCGUUGCCGAAGAGAGAGAAAGUUGAGCAGAAAUUGAAAGGCUGUCCUUCAAAUACAAGUAAAUUAUUGUAUGAUUAUCAAUGCCACACAAAGGAAGAUAGCUCUAAUGAGAGUGAAAUUUAUAGAAAUAACAAAUAUCAAGCAAAGGAAAUUACUUCGGACAUCUGUGACCUGAAGAAAAAUACAUGUACUCCAGUUUUGACUGUGGUGAAAUCUCCAUCAGAGGUGUCCUUCAUGAGUAAGAAAAGGAAAGAUGAUUACAUGAGUAAGCUUAGCAAGAAGACCAGACCUUCAAGUGAUGAAAGUCAUGAAGAAUGGCCAUUGUUGAACAGAUCCGAUUUAAAAUCUUUACCAAAUGGAAAAUAUUGUUGUGAAUUUGAUCAGCCAGAGGCGAUGCACUCUCCACAAAGUUCCUUGAAUUUUACAUACCCUAAACAAACUAGUGAGGGCAACUCAAAAGCAACCAAUUAUUCAUUUAGAACGGCUCAGAAUUUGCCAUCCAAAUUUAGUUACUUGCAUAAGCGGACUGAAUUGUUUAGUAGCACAAGCGGUCGUAACUUGCAAGGAAAUUGGAGGGAGGUGGGAAAACCAAAUGCAAAAUGCAGUUCCACCUUAGAUGCUGUCUAUCCAUUGUCAAAUUAUUUCUCUCCUCUAGAUAAUGAACCCCAUCAUGACAAAAAAUCUACUAGCAAAGAAAGUGCACACACAAGGCUCUGGAGGCAAGCAAAUGGUUCUCGGAGUGAAAGAAAACCAGCUGCAUUCACUCCCAUCAAAAAGUUCACUUUUUUGGAGUAUGAUGAAAAAGAACUCCAAACAACUCGAUAUAAGCCAGGUUUUAUAGACACGCACUGUCAUCUUGACUUCUUAUUCCAACGCACGAGUUACACGGGCUCUUACGCAAAUUUCCAGUCUCUUAGUCAAAGUACUGACCCAUUUCCUGUCUCCUAUGAAGGCUGUGUUGCCAUUUUCUGCAAACCCUGGACAUUUAAAAAGAUAAACUGGUGGGAGGAUAUCUUGUCUACGUCCAAUGUUUGGGCUGCUUUUGGUUGUCAUCCGCAUUUCUGUGAGAGCUUUGGCGACGAGGAAGAAGGCUACCUUAGACACGCACUUCAAAAUGAGAAGACAGUUGCUCUAGGAGAAAUUGGUCUAGAUUAUUCAUCAAAAAACAAUGAGAUUCGUGAACUACAACAGUAUGUAUUUCGUAAACAAUUGGAGAUCGCUAUGGAAUUUAAGAAGCCAGUUGUAAUCCAUUGUCGUGAUGCUCAUAAGGAUUGUAUUAAAAUUUUAAAGGAGGUUGUUCCCAGGGACUAUUUAAUUCACCGGCACUGUUUUACUGAAACCUGGAUAGAGGCUGAGGAGUGGCUGGAAUCCUUCAGUAGGGUGUAUUUUGGAUUCACAAAUUUAGUGACAUACGUUUCAAGUCGGCGAUCCUGGAAUAUUAGAGAAGUUGUGAGGCGCUUACCCCUUAACCGACUUCUCCUUGAAACUGAUGCUCCGUACUUCCGCCCAUUGUGUUACAGCAAUUCUGGGCAGUUGUCUCACCCAGGAAUGGCCAUUCAUGUGGCUGCUCAAGUGGCUAAACUUCGGAAGGAAGACAUUCAAGUUGUCCUCACCCAAGCUCGGACUAACACCAGGGAUAUGUAUGGCAUUUAGCAAUUGGUGUAAAGUCAUAUAUGGAUCGAUUUUGGUGGCACCAUGUUGCACAGAGGUGUGAUACUCUGGAUAUGGUUAGUAAUUCGGCUCUAGUAGCACAAAGUAAAUUAGGAAGUUCCUCCUCCUCCUCUGGGCUGGAACUGAAGGCGGCUAAGCGAAAGAAUUAAAUGAUGGAAGAAUUGCGCGUACUCUGCAGGGGAACAAUAAUUAAGGACGACCAGACUGACUUGUAUGCGAUGUGGCAACAUGCUAGAGAAUAAUUGUUAAAGCACUGGCAACACUUAAGUACGUAACUAUCCUGUCGGGCAACCCAAUAAAUUUACAAGAUAAGUUACUGUACUAUAUAUAAUAAAUUGAAAUAUCAAGAAGUCUUGGAUUUUAUUAAGGACUUUGUGACACAAAAUAAAUUAACUUUUUGAGAUGGUAAAAUGUGGGAAACGUGUAGGGAUGUCUGUACCCUGUACUCAAGCCAGUAUUAAUCUACUAUUUAGGAUAAAGGCAAGAGGUGUCCUACUGGAAUUUAGGAAAUUAACUGCAGAGUCAACAUUCCUUGUGCUCUGUGAAAGAAUAAUACACUAAGUACCUGAGCAGUUAAUCGUGGACUUUGAACGAAGGCUUAGGGGUUCGGAGUGUAUUAACACUGUGACGAGAACGGCUGUACAAGUCCCGAACUUACAACAUGGUUCUGGAUGUGAAAGAAAAUGCAUCCCAAUUUUUCAUCCUAAAUUCGUACAGCAAAGUGGAACUUGAUAAUGCCAAGACAAAACAAAGUACAGAUCAAGUGCCCAAGGGGAGGGGGGGGGAGUGAUCUGUCCGAACGAGUUACUUCUGUUAGUACAAAAUUAAUAUGGGUAAAUAAAAUAUAGCAAUGGUUCAGAAGAACUAUUAAGAGCAUGAAUUUGUGCAUAAAACAUUACUUAACUAAAACGUCAAUAAUAAACAGAUCACAAAUUACUACACCUGUAAUGUAAAUGUUCGGUCACAAAUAUGAAAAUUGUAAAAUAAAUUCUGAAAAAAGGCAAAUAAGUAUAAUAGCCAGUUAUAACAACUAAACACAACAUUUAAGCAAAGGUUGUUAGAAACGACUCCUGAGAGCAGCUCCUAGGACUGGCCUCGUCUUUUCCCCCAAUUUGAUGUUACGUGAAACUGUAUUGCAGCUAUACUGGGCAGGUGUACAUAAAUGUGAGAAGGAAGAGGCAGUUUCCUCUGCUAUGCAGGGGAAUUACGUAACAAGGGUAAUAAUGGAUCAGAAAGACAGGAGGACUUGACUUAUAAACGUCCAAAUUGAAAUGAAAAUUGUCUGCAAUUUUAUUAAUAAAUUUAUUAAACUGUACUUUAAAUAAAUUUCUUGCUAAUCAAAUAUAAUUAACUUGAUUUCCAUGCCAUGCUUACCUGUUCUAGUCUACAACAGAACAUCUGAUAUUGUAUUUUACAUAAAGGCACAGCAUUAACAGCAUAUAUUUAGCAAGAUAUUCCUCAUAUUUUAAUAUUUUGUGCUUGCAUUGUGUGUGUGUGUGUGAUGUAUGUAUGUGUGUAUGUAUGUAUGUAUAUAUGUAUAUAUAAAAUGACAAUUGAAAUAUUGCUAUUUUCAUGAAAUUUUCAUGCAUUCAAAUUCGAGUCGUUUCGGGCAUUCGGACGUGUGGCGUCGUUUCGGGAAUUCGGACGUGUGGCAUCGUUUCGGGCAUUUGGACGGAUGGCGUCGUUUCGGGCAUCUGCACGUGUGGCGUCGUUUUGCACUUUCAAAUUUAUGAUUUUGUCUGCAGCAGUUUGUAUACUCGAUCCCUAAUAAAAACAAUUCAUACAUCCAAGUGUAUUAAAUAGUUUCAUAAAUUCAAAUUUAUGGAAUAAUUCAUACAAUCAAAUUUAUGGAAUAGUUUUGAAAUUGAUAUACAGUAUUACAUCUAAGGUGUUCUAGUUCUAUAAUUCUAGUUCUAUGUAAUUAUAUUAAUUCUAGAUGGGAUACAAUAGUUUUUCUACCCCCCCUUUCCAUUCAUUUUUACCACCUGAGGAUAGAUAAAUUGGUGGUAAUAUAAUGUGCGGCGACUUCUUAUGAAUAGCUAUAUACACAGUAGUAUAAUUUUCUUCGAACAGUAGAUUCAGAAUACACACACUUUGGGGUGGGCUGUUUUCUCUGGCUGCACCCACCCAAAAGGCAAUACUCAAGUCACUUGCUACACACUUUGAGUUAUUUAUUUCACACAAAAUUUGACUUGUUACAAUAAAUCGUCAAACCUGAAAAGUUACUGUUUUUGUCAUGAAAACAAAUGUGAAUGUAACAGCCCUGAAUAAUUUUUGAAUGCCAUAUAAAUUAAUUUUAAGUUCAAAUACAAGGAAAAGACAACUGGUUUUUUAUAUCAUUGAAAACAGUCUUAGUGUUUUUACAUGCAUGUUCUUUUGAUUGCUGUUAUUGAAAGAAUUUGAUGAAAUAAAUGAAAUGUCAUAGUAUAUAUAUGUAUAAUAUAUAAAUUUCAGCAGAGUAUAGUGCUAUACAAUGAAACAAUCAUCCUACUACCUGAGUUAUGAUUACUAAACAAUAUAAGGGGACAUCAAUGUCAAAACUUGUCCAAAACAAAAUGAAGAUCCUGAAUAGAAGGCAAGACUAUUAUGAAUAAUGUAUCCAUGCAGUUUGUAAGUGAAAAUGUCAAAAUCCACUAAAAAGUUACUUUCAGCUUUAUCAUCAUUUUCAUUCAGAUAUUAUAAUGAAUUGUUAUACUGUAACAUUAGUUGCUUUCAUUGGUGUUACAAUCUUCAUAAACUAACAAGACUUACUUUGCAUGACUAAAAGUACUGCACACAAAAUUAACCUGACAUUUUAUGUCUGCAAUGUAAUACAAUCCAUUAUAUUUUUCUAAUACAUGUAUUUACAUUUGGCUUCUGGGUGUCAGUGAUAAGACAGCCUAAAAAAACAAAAUAAAAUUUUGUACCUCUCCAACUAUAGGCAGUUUAAUUGUGUAUGUGUGUAAGCAUUAUAGCUGGAGGGGAAGAAAAUGCAGCCAGCAUUUUGACGGAUGCUGACAUUGUUUAGCUUUGCCAUGCUUAAUAUGAUCUACUCUAAAAGCUACAAAAGUAUUUAUAUGAAAAUACUAUACAAUCUACCUAUACUCAAUUGAAAUGCAAACAUUUUAUAGGCACAAUGCCUCUGUUUCAAGCCAUAUAAAUUAAAUUUUACAAAUGCUCCAUUGGAAAGAAAUGAAAGUUAGGGAUUGUGAUAAGAGAUUGUCACUACACAAGAAUAGUAACAAUUCAUGUGACAAUUGUGAUCAUAUGAAAAUGGGUGAACCUGCCCCAUCCCAUUUAAAUAGAAAUAGGGUAAAAGUUGAUAGGUACAUAGAUUACAUGAGCAAAUUUUAUCUUAUAAUGAGCAGGACACAAACCAAGGUAUCAAGACAAAAAAAAGGCAGAGAAAUCCCCUCAACACCACAGUGCAAUGUGUAUAAUACUAUUGGCAAACCAUUAGAAACUUUAUAUUAAGCAAUGCAAAAUUAGAAAUCUAAUACAAAUUUGUUAUUAUCAAGGUUUCUAGUGAUGGAAAAACUGUGUACCAUUUUACAAUUUUAAUUAGAUAAAAUUUAUUGUGAUAUAACAUGAUUUUAUGUUUACUAGCAAAACUACAGCUUGGCAGUCUAUUCACUACUUUAGUGAUUGCGUGGAUAAACCGGGAAGUUAUCUUGGGUUGGCAUACCAAGUCAUCCACAUACCCACACUGAGAGAAACCAUUGGUGUGCAGUGAACACCUCACAAAUGGAGUUCAGUGCUAAAUAAUAAUAAAAAAAAAAAAAUCUUGGACAAUCAUGCAAUAUUAGAGGGUGUAUUAUAAAAUUUAGGAAAGACAUUCUAGGGUAGCAAAAUUGCUUGCCAUAGUGAAUUUAAAAUUACAUACUCGGUAUAAAAAAACAAGGUGUGUACUGUGUUCAUCUAAACCAGCAGAUAAGGUCAACGUAUAAAUUAUUCAUCCAAAAAUUUUGUUUAAACUAUAAUAAAUGCAUAAAUAUGUCUUUUUGUUGACAACCAUGCAUGUUCCCAGCUAUAUGCCUUAAAUCCAGUAGGUCCUGCAUUCUCCCCUUGGUGUGUAUCUCUCAAAUUAUUUCAAGUUGUACCUCAAAAAUACAAAACC